CUGUCUUUCUCUGUGUCUUUUACACCCAGUGCCGUCCUCUAAAACUUUUAGCACCCUCUUUUCUUUUUCCUGUCCCACACCCCCAACUCUCUCUCUCGCUCUCUUUCUCUCCUCUCCGUGGUAUUUCUUGCGACCUUGCCUUCGCCUGGUCCAUCGGAAAAUGUGAUUGGAGGGCAGUGGAGUUGGUGGUUGUCGGGCUUCAGGCACCAUGAAUGUGUGUAACAGCACUGAUUUGCCGGAGCUUGAGAUUAUCAGCUUAUUGGAGGAACAGCUGCCAGUCUACAAGCUGAGGGCCGACACCAUCUUCGGCUACGACCAAGAUGAUUGGCUGCACACGCCACUGGUGGACCCCAACUCUUCCCUCGACCUGACUACUGAACAGAUAGAGGAGACCCUCAAAUACUUCUUACUGUGUGCUGACCGAGUGGGCCAGAUGACGAAGACCUAUAGUGACAUUGAUGCUGUCACUCGACUGCUGGAAGAGAAAGAGCGCGACUUGGAGUUAGCAGCUCGCAUUGGCCAGUCACUUCUGAAGAAAAACAAAGCCCUCAGUGAGAGGAACGAACUGCUGGAGGAGCAAGUAGAGCACAUACGAGAGGAGGUCUCUCAGUUGCGUCACGACUUGUCCAUGAAAGAUGAGCUGUUACAGUUCUAUACCAGUGCUGCCGAGGAAAGUGAGGGGGAGUCUACCACCUCCACACCUGUCCGUCCCAGUGAAAACAAUGUGUCAACUCCAAUUGUUUUCCCCCUGGACUCGUUGCAGAAGAAACUCAAAGAUCUGGAAGAAGAAAACAAAUCUUUGCGAUCUGAGGCCAGUCAUUUGGAGACAGAAACUAUCUCCUAUGAGGAGAAAGAGCUGCAACUUGUCAACGACUGCGUCAAAGAACUACGUGAUGCCAACGUGCAGAUUUCCUCUCUGGCUGAAGAGCUGGCUAGGAGGACUGAAGACGCCUCCAGACAGCAGGAGGAGAUCACACACCUCCUCUCCCAGAUUGUAGAUCUCCAGAAGAAGGCCAAGAUGUAUGCCGUGGAGAACGAGGAGCUGACUCAGCACUUAGGUGCAGCCAAAGACGCCCAGCGACAACUCACUGCGGAAUUGCGAGAGUUACAAGAUAAGUAUGCAGAGUGCAUGGAGAUGCUGCACGAGGCUCAGGAGGAGCUGAAGAACCUGAGAAAUAAAACUCUACCGCUCAGCACACCGAGGCGUUUCCAUUCUCUGGGUCUGUUCCCAAUGGACUCUCUGGCAGCAGAAAUAGAGGGCACCAUGAGGAAGGAACUUCAGAUGGAUGAUCCAGAUGUAGAAGAACAGAGACUACACCCAAAGCGAGUGUUCCAGACAGUGAAAAACCUGAACCUGAUGCGUCAGCAGCGUUCAUCGCUAGCCCCCUCCCCCCUCAACAUCCCAGGCUCCAAUCAGACAUCAUGCCUCACCUCAGGGCUCUCCAGCAGGGUGGGCACGCCACGCUGCAACUCCAUAUAUGGCAGCGAGAUGGGAAGUGGGAUCAUCCUGGACAAUCGGACUAGCAGUAUCCUGGAGGGUCCAGAUGAUGGGUCAGAGGACUCUAACAAGCGGACCCCUGGAACCCCAGGGACACCGGGCAGCAGGGACCUGGAGGCAGCCCUGCGACGUCUGUCUCUCCGCCGAGACAACUACCUCUCAGAAAAACGCUUCUUCGAGGACGAGCGGGCGAGAAAGCAGGCUUACUUGGCCAAAGAGGAAGAAAAGGGAGGUGAAGGAAGUAGUGGAGGCCUGGCGACACCGACGGAGAGCCUGUUGUCGCUGUGCUCGCAUCCCUCCUUAGGAAGCGCCUGGUCGGGGUACUCAUUCACAGCCAGAUCCUACCUGCCGGAUAAGCUGCAAAUUGUAAAGCCACUAGAAGGCUCUGCUACUCUCCAUGCAUGGCAGCAACUGGCUCAACCCCACAUGGGAGCUCUGCUUGAUCAUCGGCCUGGUGUGGUCACAAAGGGCUUCUGCACUUUAGCACACGAGCAGGAACAGGAAGACGGCUGGCACCUGGACCAACCAGAGGAGGACGAAGUUUCAUGUGACUCAUUCACUGGCUUAUCAGAAGAGAGCUCUGUUCCCAUGGACAGGCCUUGCUCUACCUCUUCUCCCUUUGUUUGCUGCAUCAACAAUGGAGACGUUGAUGACCGAAGCCAAUCGGAUACAUUGCAAGGAGACGUAUGCAGGGCAAGAGAAGCGAUUCAAGUCAAAGCUGGACAUGUUGCAAACAUGCCUCUUUCCUUCUCCUGCCCCUCCCCUUCCCCUUCUUCUUCUCCUCCUCCUCCUCCUCCUCUCCCCUCUUCUUCCGAGAUGAAUGGGCACGUGGACCUCAAGGAGCUCCAGGCCUUACAGCCCGCCACAGUGGACCGUUUGUCUGUUAAUUACCCAGGGAAGUGUAUGUCCCAUACUAGCUCUACAUACACCUUCACCACCUGCAGGAUUCUCCACCCCUCUGAUCAGCUGACCUCUGUGUCACCAAGCUCAGCUCUUGCUUCUUGUCAGAGCAGUGCUUGCAUCGGCACCCCUACCACCACCUCCUCUCCUAUACCCUUCUCUGCCCCACAUACACCUUCCUACACCCCCUGCUGCACCCCACGUCGCCUCUCCCUCUCCCUCUCACUAGCCGAGUCCUCCACCAACCUUAGGGACUCCACCAAGACCACCAGCACUUCCCUUGGCCUGGUGCGCCUCCUGCUGGAGCAUGGGAUUUCUGCCUCAGUGUAUGACCCCCGCAGCUGGGACCGAGGUUUCGAUGCCAGCGGAGCUUCAACGCCUGUGGGAGGAAUGCAGACGCGAAGGAGCACCGACACGCCAGAGGAGACUGAACACAGACGAGUGGAGAAACGCCCAGACAGCCUCCUCUUCCAGCCCUCCACCCCACCCAACUCUCCUCUUUCUAAAUCUGCCUUUUCUACCACCACCCAUCCAGCUUUUCAGUUCAGCCCUUCCACUGAUGACCCGCCAUUUUAUGACACCUUCCUCGCCUCGAAGCCGGCUCGUACCAUUCUGAGGGAAGUGCUGGGGGAGGCGGAGAGGGAGCGAGGGGGGCAAACCAAUGAUGACAGCCAAACAGAGAAGCUGAACCUGCGACUUGUGGACAAACUAAAACGUUUCCGCACCCUCUCCCAUCAUGCUGGUUCUGUUCCAUCUGGGAGUACUCUGUUAGCCCCCUUUGGCUCUACUGGACUGGGGAACAGUGCACUGGGUGGGGGGCUUCCAGGUUUGAAUGCAGGGCUGAGGAGGAAUCGAAGCUAUCCUGCCAUGGUAGGGGCCAGUAUGGCUAUGAAAGACCCAGGAGGCCCCCCCAGCGCAGAGAUGGUCAUACCACAUAUGAUGCAAACCCCACAUACCCAGCACACAGUGCACACACAGGAAAUGGACAAAAUGCAAAGAAAUCACACACGGGCCAUACCACAGACGCUACAUGAACUAGAAAUGGUCACACCACAGACGAUAAAACCGAGACGCACCGGGCCAAGCGACGGAUUGUGGUAUUUAACAUGCAAUGACCAACACAGUGACGACGAAACUGGGACAUAAUAGGAGAUAUUCAAAACCAAAUAACCUACAUGACUAUAUAGAUGUCCUUUAGCUAUAGAGUAUGCCCAGACCAAACAGAGUGAUGAGCAGUGCAGCCCACCUACAGACUCAACUAAACAGUCUCUCCUAACCAGUAAGACUCUGUAUUUCAACAAUCAUCAGUAAACUGAAUUAAAUGGUGGUGAAUAAGUAGUCUCUGACACUGUUACACUGUGUUAUAUCCAUAUACUGUCAGACCGGAAAAUGAUGGAGUAUGUUGCCUUCCUCUGUGUCCAUUGUAAUUGUAUAUUGUAUAUGCAAUAUAUUGUGUCAUAUAAUGUUAAAGGCCCAAUCUGGUGGAAGUACUGCAGAGCCCCUUUUUAGUCUCAUGUCCCUUCUCAACCUGUCUGAGUGCAGUGAAUUUUGAAAGUACAGUACUGGCCCGAAAUAUAAGUUUUUUUUCUUCAGAUUAUUUAUGAAGACAUUGUAGGGUGUAUAUUCCAGGACUACACAGUUAUGCGUUCACUCAGAUGUUACUGUUACUGCACUUUAAGGCUGUGUCAUGGGUCGUCUGUAGCUUUAAUGUUGCUAAGCUAGCAAAUUUCUACAGUGGUACUGCAACACAAAUCUCCAGAAAGCAUUAACGACCAUCAUAAAAUGACACAUCUGUAGUCUGUCUUUUUGAAUUAAAUGUUUGUAAAAAGUGCACAAGGGGAAUAUUUUGUAUGUCAUGUUAUCCCGGUGUUUAGUCUAUGGUACGAGCUGGCGACUACCGGGAGAGAACAAAAAAAUCUCUCCCAUUGUAAAACUACAGCUGUAGUAAAGAUGGCUGCUAGUCCUGAAUGGGGCUAGCCCGUUACCAAACCCUUUAUGAAUGAAUUAAACAAUGUAAGAAAAUUAACCAAAGUGAACAUUGUCAGCUUAUAGUCAGGCCACUAUGGUAUUUUUAAGCCAUUAAUUACACUGGAGUUAUAUUGUCACGAACAAUGGCAUUGGCACUAGAGAUUAUUUUCUACCAGCAACUCUGUGUCCCCCCUCUCUGUACUGUAUGUAAUCUGUAAUUUCAAAAAUACUCCAGAUUGGGCCUUUAAUGUGUGAUCAUGAUGUGACUCACUGUUCGUAUGUGCCUAAAAACAGCUAACACUGUAUCUCAUUGGAGUAUACAGUAGGUUUGUAUUAUUUGAUUACUUUAUUAUUCUAAUGCAGUAGAGAGUGUAAAUGAGAAUAACUCUACCUAUUAAGGGGCCCCACACAUGCUCAGUUCUGCCUAUUUUUGGGUCAUUGUUUUUGUUUAAUGAGUUUGGGCUCAUUUAUAACCCAUAGGGACAUGUAGCACAUUAACGGUAAUGCAGAACAGGUCCAGCUAUACAGACACCUGUUAACACUGUGACUACAGAAAACAAGAGGCAGACCUGCAGAAAAACAAAACUUGCUUAGUCAAAUUCACUUUCUUUCCAUAUUGUAAACCAGGAUCACAUACUGUAUACAUGCACGCACCACAAUUUAUUUUGUCAAAAUCAAUCAAGCGUGUGGGUGAAAAAAUAGCAAUAUUAAGCAUUAUAAAACAUUUUAUGUUUCUGAAUGUAACUGUAAAAUGGGUGACUUGAAAUAUCCAAAUGUUGGUUCUAAAGAACAAGAGACUGAACUUGUAUCACAGUUUGUUGCUAAAGGGAGGUUUUUGGUAUCACUGACUCAGUUCCAGUGUCCACCCCAGGGAACGCCCAGACAUCUUCUACACUUUCCCUAAAUCUUAUCAAGCUAUAUUUGAAAAGAGAGCAACACUAAGUUUUACUAACCCAGAUUUGAAAUCUGACUCAUUACGAUCGAUCCCUUGUAGCCCCAUGCUGAUCACGCAGGUGUCGGUUAUCGUCUGAAGUUGGACAUUGGGACUGGGCCACUGACUGUUUGUCUGACCGGAAGUGAAUGAAAGGACAAAAUGGCUGGCUAUGAUGCUGGCAGUGAUCUGUUGAAAUCCUUAAUGAUUAAGGGGUUAAACUAGCAAUGUUAUUGAGUGGCAGAUUAAUAAUCAUUAAAUAUAUUUAUUAAAUCCUUAGAAGCACGCAUACCUGAAGGUCCAUUGUAGAUGUUUAGGUGAAGAACUUUUGCAGAUUGUAUUUAUAUUUUUAACAGUCGCACUGACGUUUUAAAUCCUUUUUCAUUGGACAGUUUGUGUUAGCUAGUAAAAUGGCUUCAAAGGACUAUUUCCAUUUAAAAGAAUGGGUACAGUUAGCGGUCUACAAGCUUACAACGCAUUGAUGCUGUCCAUUGCUUUAUAACAGUUGCACAUUUCGGGUGGCCGGGAGAUUUACAGUAUUUAAGAAUGAUACCAAGUGCUAAGACUGAAGCAACAAGAAGUUGGUGUGUGUGUGUGUGUGUGUGUGUGUGCGCUUGCUGUUCUGUGUGUCCACUGAAUCAUCUGAAUGUAAGUUAUUACAAACAGUAAUCCUGCUGUAGGGCCAUAUACUUGUGUACAGUAUGUUGAUUUAUCUUCAGUUUGUGUUGACCUCAGAAGGGAAACUAUUAUUACAUUGUAAAUGUAUGCAACACAUAUAUUCAUGCUAACUUUUUUUUUUUUUUUUUAAAGAAACCGUAACAGUAGAACACAAAUACAGGGAAUUAUGUUGUUUAUUUUCAGUAUAAACUUUUCUGUUCAGGGACUGAAGUGUUCUAUUCUACAGAACAGACUGUACCGUCAAUAAAAAUGAAUACAUGAA